AUGCUGUUUAAGGGUAAUAGCAGCAGAUUGGAACAUUUGAUUGAGAAAAUUCAAGCUAACAAGGAGAACCACGACGUCAUCACUGAGGAUAUAAAGGAGGCCCUGGGCAGCGUAGGCAGCACGGCGGGCAGCUCGUGGCCGUCAUCGACGCCUGAGCCGUCCCCAUCACCAGCUUCCACGCCCACCUCAGCUGAUGCGGCUGAUGCUGACGUAGAGCCACCGUUCACUCUCGGCGCCACGGAGCACACGCCGUACCAGUGUCAGUUCUGCGACAAGGCUUUCCCGAGGCUGUCUUAUUUGAAGAAACAUGAACAAAGCCGGUGCGUAGAUAUGCAUCGCAACCGCCUCGAGAGCCGUGCCACUGAGCCCUGUGACGUGCCAUUACGCCGCUCGUACAUCUCGGCUCCUUUGUGCUUCGCCGAUCUCACCGCGUUACGAUUACAACACGCCGCGACAGAUCUAGCUAAGAUAGGUCACUAUAGCGCCUAUGAUAAGGAUCGCUGCGUGCGCGGACGCGGUGCGGUGAUGGUGCGCCGACAAAUAUAUCGGACGAUGAUCGCGCUUCGCUCUCGCGACAGACCGCUGACGGCCGGAAAUAGGUUCGCGAUAACAACUCCCUAG